CUUCUACAAGACCCCAGCAAUCAAUUUCCCUUCCCCCCUUUAUUUUCUCUAAUUGCCCACAUCUUUCUUCAAAGAAUCUAUUCCAAAACCCAACAUUCUCAUCUCUUUCCAAGAAUUUGGGGGGUGAAAAAUCAUGUCAACGAUUGCAAUGCAGAGUUUGGAAACAGAACCGGAGUUAAACAGCAAUGUCGUGUCGAUCAACGUCGGCGGCCAGAUUUUCCAAACCACCAAGCAGACCCUAACACAAGCCGGCCCUAAAUCCCUCCUUUCUCAAAUUGCGGGAACGGGUUCAGACCGGUUCGUCGACCGAGACCCGGAUCAUUUUUCCCUCCUCCUCUCCCUCCUCCGUAGCGGUGCCCUCCCUUCAAAGUCAAAUUUCGACCUCCGUGACCUCAUCGAAGAAUCCAGAUUCUAUGGCCUCGAGUCCCUCUUGACCAGCUCUUUGAGCAACCCUUCUCAGUUUGACGGUUUUGCCCUCCAAAAGUCGUCCGUAUUGCCCUUAAACGGCAGGGACUGCCCUUCCGCGAUCGCCUCGACGCCGUUUGGGUCCUUGCAUGUAUCCCACGGUAGCAAGAUCACGUCAUUCGAUUGGUCGCGGACGAGAAAGUCAACGAUUCUGACCCAAUUCACAGCCGUCGAUUCCUUACUCGCUUUAUCCCCGGAUAUCGUGGCGGCCGGGGCGACAGACUUUUCGGGGCUUCAGAUUCUCGACCUCCAUGGAGAAUGCGUCAAACAAGUUCUCAACUGGGAGAAUUCGACCCGGUCUGGCUCCACGGUUCAAGCCAUCGGUUCAUCAGGCGAAUUCUUGUUUACCAGCUUUGAAUCCAGUAGGAGAAACUCCAAUUCUAUCCUGGUUUAUGAUUUGAAUACUUUGAACCCUGUUACUGAGAUCGGGCAUAACGAGAUUUUCGGGGCUGAUCUUGAUUCAGCCAUCCCUGCUACAAAGCUGAAAUGGGUUUCGAGUUAUGGAUUACUUAUGGCAUCCGGGUCACAUAGCGGGUUAUCGGGUGUGACAGGGAAUAUUAGGUUUUGGGAUAUAAGGUCUGGUAAUGUGGUCUUUGAUUUGAAGGAGAAAGUUGAUUGCUUUGCCGAUGUUUGUGUUUCGGAUAAUUUGAAUGUGCUCUUCAAGGUUGGAGUGAAUUCCGGGGAGGUUUUUAAUGCGGAUUUGAGGCGUUUAGGGAGUGUGAAUAAUGAUGCAGAUGAUAAUAGUAAUCCAUGGAUUUGUCUUGGGGAUAGAAGGAAGGUUGUUAAUGGGAAGAAAGAAGGGUUUGGAUGCAAAAUAGAGAGCCAUGGAAAUCAAGUGUUUUGCAGUAAAGGAUGGGCUAUAGAGUUGUGGUCAGAGGUCGCGAUGGGUUCAGAUAAGACCAGUGAGGGUCAAUUAAAGGGAAGGGUUUUUAGGAAGAAUUUGAUGGGUAGAGUGAAGGAUACCGGAGGCUUGAGGAUAACCAACUUGGCAUUUGGUGGAAACAAGAUGUUUGUGACUCGUAAGGAUCAGCAAGCCGUUGAGAUUUGGCAGGGUUCGACGACGAGGGGGUUUUGAUCAACCUAGAAUCCAGUAAGCUAUUUCUUAAAUUUUAAUGUAUUGUUUGAUAGCUGCUGUAACUAGGACAUGAACACAAGAAAAAUUGUUUGUAGUUGCAGAUUUGGUUCUUGGUGAUUGAAUUCGUAUUAGAUUUCAUGGGAAGAUGCAGGCCUUUGUUGUUUAGUCUAUUAAUGCCCCAUCCAAGAUGUGGUAAUUGC